AUGGUCAAGACACUUCCCUUUGGCUCCUCGGGCAUUGAGGUCAACAACCCUGGUUUCGGUGCCAUGGGUUUGUCUUUUGGUCUAGGUACCAACUUGACACCCGAGCAAGCCGAGCCUGUCCUUCUCAAGGCUAUUGAGCUUGGUUGCACAUUCUGGGACACUGCUGUCGUCUACGCAGCAGGCAUCAACGAACAACUCCUUGGCGACUUCAUCCGCAAGCACGACGUCCGCUCCAAAGUCUUCAUUGCCUCCAAGUGUGGUUUCGCGGUGUUUGAAAAAGCAGGCGUCACAAACUCUGCCGAACACAUCAAGAAAUACAUUGAUGGCACCAUCGAACGCCUAGGCUUUGCACCUGACCUCUACUACCUGCACCGUAUCGACCCCGACACACCUUUGGAAGAAUCCAUUCCUGCUCUGGAUGAGAUCCGCAAAGCUGGCAAGACGAAAUACAUCGGUCUUUCGGAGUGCUCGGCAAAGACUUUGAGGAAGGCUAAUAGCAUCGCGAAGAUCGAUGCUGUGCAAGCUGAAUACUCGGCUUUUGAGACUGUGCAUGAGACUGAUGGACUUAUUGAAGCUACGAGAGAGUUGGGUGUCGCUUAUGUAGCGUACAGUCCUUUGGGUCAUGGAUGGUUGGUCGAUGAUUUCCCAUUCAAGACUCCUGAUGACUUUGCUCCUGAUGAUUUCCGUCGUUCUUCUCCCAAAUUCCAGGGUGAAAACUUCUACAAGAACAGAGCUAUUGUUGAGGAAAUCAAGAAGUUGGCUGAGAAGAAGGGCUGCAGUAUCACACAGAUUGCUCUUGCCUGGGUAGCUGCUCAGGGCUUCAUCGCCAUCCCUGGUACCACCAAGUCUCACCGUCUGGAAGAAAAUUGGGCAUCCAGAGAUGUCGAAUUGAAUGAGGAAGAGAAGGCUGAGAUGAGAAAGAUUGUCGAUAGUGCAAAGCCUCAUGGAAACAGAUACAGCGAGGCUAAUCAGAAGCUGGUCGGACACUAG